AUGGCGAUUUCGUCCCUUUCCCUGGUGGCAAGGGCUUUGCCCUUCUUCCCGAUCUUGGGUAUCAUCGUCGACGUGGUCGUAUAUCUCGGCCGAGGUUGCGUCGUUCCAGUUGGCCGACGUCCAGCUUCACCCGAAACGCUUGUCCGGGUCGCACUGCUGGAAGUCCACUGCGUCGAGUAUGCCGUCCCACGCCAGCCUCACCCACAGCGCGCACAGUUCGUCCGACAAGAUUUUGUGUAUCCAGGUUUCCACAACGGCCCUGCCUUCGUCCUCCGGCAGGAAGAGAUCCAGUAUCCAGUUUCUGAAUGCCUCAUCCUCUGCAUCGGACCUUGGCACCAAUUUCAACAGUUCCUCCAGCCUGAUUGUGUCCGCCUCGUCUGCCUCGUCUCCGUCUUCUUCAAGGAUAUUGUUCUUUGGAUGCGAAUAACGUAUGCUGAUAUUGCUGUUGGUAGCUUGAUGCGAAAACGCGGUCAGGUUGGUGGCCUCUCCUGGCGUCGAGGUGAGCCAACUCUGAGGUGUCGCGCCGACGUGGGUUCCCGACUUGUGUCUCGUAUCGGGAUUGUCAGCACGGGAAAUCGGGCCGGAGGCGUCAGUCUCAGCGAUGCCAGGUCGUCGUCCUCCUCGUCACCUUUCAGUGUGGAGCGCUUCGUUCUCAGUGGUGGUUUUGGAAGCGAAGAGGCUUCCCGCACCGCAGCAGGCUUCGGUAUUGCGGGCUUCCCUGACCUUGGUCGAGACUCGGCCGUCGUCUUCUCCGGCGGCACUCUGGCGUUGUAUUCGUUGACCAGCUCUCCUGCCUCUUUUUUUAUUUAUUUUUUAAAUCAUUUAUUUUUAAAUUUUUUAUUUUUUAUUUUUAAUUUUUUAAAUUUUUUAUUUUUAUUUUUUUAA